AGUCAGUCAGUCCACUGCACCCGCAGACCCGCUCCGACAAAAACACUCUUGAAGGACACCCACUCGCCGCUUACACAGGCAGCUCCAUCAGUAAAUCUCAUAUUCUGCUGUGAAUUCACGGAGGACGGAUUUGGGGUCGAGCGCCCUCUUGGUCCAGUGUGGUCCAGCAACAUUACGAAAUAGCAGAAGCAACAGGAAUCAAGCUGGACGGGGGGGAGGUGAGGGAGGACGAGGGCACCGCCUUUGUCCUGAGACACAGAGUCUGCACAAGCAGCGAUACCGACCCCACCCAAACAUCAACCUCAGACCACCAGGACAACAUGAGGUCCUGCACAGAUCACAGAUCGGACAGCCCCGGACAGAACUGUCUUCAUGCGAGGAGGGUGAUGCAUGAAAAAGAGGAAACGACAGUCAGAGAAGAGGAAGACGAAGAGGAGGAGGAGGAAGAAGAAGAGGACAAGAGCUCAGAUGAAGGCCUUCUGCUUCAGGCUCACCAUGCCAUGGAGAGGAUGGAGGAGUUUGUGCACAAGAUGUGGGAAGGCAGAUGGCGAGUCAUUCCUCAUGACGUGCUCCCUGAUUGGCUGAAGGAUAAUGACUUCCUGUUGCACGGGCACCGGCCGCCCAUGCCCUCCUUUAGAGCAUGCUUCAAAAGCAUCUUCAGAAUCCAUACAGAAACAGGCAACAUCUGGACACAUCUGCUGGGCUGCCUGUUCUUUCUCUGUCUGGGCAUCGUGUACAUGUUCAGACCCAAUAUGUCGUUUGUGGCACCGUUCCAGGAGAAGAUCGUCAUCGGCAUGUUCUUUCUAGGAGCCAUUCUCUGCCUGUCCUUCUCCUGGCUCUUUCACACAGUCUACUGCCACUCAGAAGGGGUGUCCCGAGUCUUCUCAAAGUUAGACUAUUCAGGCAUUGCGUUCCUGAUCAUGGGCAGUUUUGUACCGUGGCUGUAUUACUCCUUCUACUGCUCUCCUCAGCCCUGCUUCAUAUACCUGAUAGUGGUGUGUAUCCUGGGCAUCGCCGCCAUCACAGUAUCCCAGUGCGAUUUCUUCGCCACGCCACAGUAUCGUGGAGUCAGAGCUGGUGUGUUUGUGGGUUUGGGGCUCAGUGGAGUCGUCCCCACGCUGCACUUUAUGAUUGCUGAGGGCUUCCUGAAGGCCACCACCAUGGGUCAGAUGGGCUGGCUGUUUCUCAUGGCUGUCCUGUACAUCACCGGAGCCUGCCUGUACGCCGCACGCAUACCUGAGAGAUUCUUCCCCGGCAAGUGUGACAUCUGGUUUCACUCCCAUCAGCUGUUCCAUAUCCUGGUGGUUGCAGGUGCUUUUGUGCACUUCCACGGAGUCUCCAACCUGCAGGAGUUUCGCUAUGAAGCUGGCGGUGGCUGUGCGGAGAACGCAGUGUGAGCUUCAGAUCCUUCGGUGCCUGAAACGCACCACUAGAAGGAGACAAAGGUCCUCUCACCUUUGCCACCAAUUCCAGCUCUGUUCCUCCUGCCCAUGAGGGGUAAACGUUAGAGGACAGCACUGAAUGACAAAGCCUUUCUGAUUUAAUUUUCUCUCUUUGUUUUUCUCUGUUCUCUAUUUUGCCCCUAAAUAAAUUGCAUCAUGGGAUACGGUGGAUGCAGGGUGAGGAAUUUUAAUUCAUGUUUUUACCGAGAUGGAGGAGACCUUUUUUUCGUGGCUUGGUCUAUUGCUGUUUGAUGGUUUGUUUUCUUUGUACGAGAAAAAAAACGAAACUUAAAAACAGAGCGAAAAAAAAAA